UCGUCCUAUCUGUUGGCUACUCAGGGAAGCUUCUGGUAGAGGGCUAUUUUUGAACAGCUGCAUAUGUCAACAGAUGGCAAGAGAGAGAGAGAGGGGGAAAGGGAGAGAGAGACAGCGUUCAGACUCCUCCUCACUCCACGGUCCUUGCGCUCACAAAUGGAGAGGGAUCAGAAGACAACACCGAGCAGCAGGUUUAGUCACAUUUCCAUGCACAGCAUCAUUUUACGGUGACUCUUACGUGCCUUGGCUGUGCCAUGUAAAGUCAAAAAUGGCAGAAAAUGGAAAAAAUGGGGGAAAAGGAAGCGAGGAUAAAGGAAGAGGAGUUGGCAGACCUCUCCAGGGUACCCACAGCCCAGCUCGUGACAUAUCCCCAGUAGGUGCCACCUCGCUUGGGACAAUGAGGCAUCUCCCACGAGGGAUAGUGAUCCAGCUGACUGGGACAGAGGGAGAGUGGGACAGCCUGGAUGAGAGUGAGCUUAUCUUCUCCCUUGAUCAUGAUGAGGACUACCCCUCUAUCUCUCUUUCCAAGGAGAGGCAGCUCUCCGUUGAGGAUGACAGAGGGUUGCAGUCCCAAGCUUUUCACGUCCCUCUUUCUCCCUCGUCCCCUGACUCCCUUGGGAACUGCUCCGCCAUGGGCCCCAGUUUCCUCUCCCCAGGCCCUUCCUCGCCCACCCACCGGCCCCUGGCUAGCCUGGUCAAGUCCCUGUCCACAGAGCUGGAGCUGAAAGAAGGCUCCACUCUCAGACCUAAGCCCCUUCUCAGCCUCGUGAAGUCCAUCUCCACGGAGAUCUCCCGUUCAGAGCCUGAGGUGUCGCAGUCAAAAUCUGACUCUCGCCUCAACCUCCACCUUUGGAAACAGCUGACACAAUCUAAAACCCGCAGCAAUGGGGACUCUCGUACUGCACCCCCCUCUCCUAGCACACUCUCCCCUAGUGCAGAGGGUCUCAAAGGGGGCUUCUUCAAAAUGGAACUAGAGGACACCAGGAGGAAGCUCUCUGAGGCCAUGCAUGAGCCACUGAGCAGCAUGUUCAAUAAGAUCAUGAGAGAGGACAGCACAGGCAGCCCCAAACACCAGUGUAAGACCCAGGGGGCACACCAGGUCAGCUCCAGAGGUUUGGGGCGAGAAAGUAGCACAGAUACGGGGGUUUCAGAGUCUCCCAUGUGGAGCACUAGGCGAACAGACAAUGAUAUUUUGCCUGUUUUUGAUUGGCCUUCAGUGAGGCACCCUGGGGGAAGCCACCAUAGUACCUGCCCUGUGCAUCACAGCAAACAUCACAAGGAUGAGGAGCUGGAAAUAUGCACAGAUGGCGACAUGAUGCAAGUAUUUGCAAGCGAGACUCACAGGCAGACGAGGAGAGUCCCUGCAGCACCCCUACUUAGGACCUCUCAUCUUCCUCAACCCCCUCAUCCUCUGCCACGCAUGAGUUUAUUCUGUGUGGCAGUGCUUUCCUAUGGAUACUUCAUCCUACCUCUCAGUCCAUAUUUCUGUGGCCUGGCUCUAGGAUUGGCACUGGGCUUCUUGCUAGGACUCUUGCUCAUUAGGAUGGGUUCCUCCAGGUCUCACUAUUCAGCUCCUUCAUGCAGACCAGGACAGACUCUAUUGGGAGAGGAGAUUCUGAUAGGCAGCAUUGUCUGCACUGAGCCUGACACCCUCAAGGGCUGGAUGAAUGAGAUGCAUGAUUACGACCCAGAAACCUACCAUCCAGCGCUGACUCAUUCCGUGUUUGCCUCCCUGGAGGGCUCCUGUCUCCGCCUGGACUACCCACGUACAAACAUCAACCGCAGGGCCACGUACGACGAGAGAAUUCAUGAGGCAACCUUCGUCAAGUCACGUUCCUUUCAGCUUGCAAAGAGCAAAGUUCUCCUGCUGCCAUCUGUGUUGGCUCGGAAGAGACUGUGGAACCCAAAAUAUCCCAUCUGCAUCCAACUGGCCGGGGAAACUAACCCCCAGGAGGAGGAUGGAGGAAUAUCGGAGGAUAGUCAGGAAGUGGAACCAGGGGCAGAACCAGCAAAUCCAAGACAAAGUUCUUCUAAACCUGUCAAUGACCCUCCCACCACUCUUUACCUCUUCGGACGCACAGGGAGAGAGAAGGAGGAGUGGUUUCGCCACUUCCUGUUUGCAUCCACAGCCACAGAGAGAGAAAAAGAGACAGACAAACAGAGGCCUGGCAGAUGUGUGUCCAGAUCGGGUGACCCAGCACUGGCGCAGAGCGUUAGUGGCCAAGGCAAUGUCCCAAGCAGCAGAGGCUCCAGUAGGGUAGGAAGCAGUGAUGACGAUGCACCCUCCACACCUCCAAUCCCCUCAAUCCCUGCAGCUCAUGUCAAUCAGACCACCGGUAGCACCAGGGGCCUUUCACUGCUAGACUACCCCGGCUACAUGGCUCGUCUCCUGGCCGCCGAGGAACUGACCCCACUCCCCAGCCCUGGAGCCAGCAGCACAGAGACAAGCCCCACCAUCAAAGGAAAUUGUACCUGUGAUGAAGCAGAGUACCUUGGGAAGAGCCAGACUGUGUGGGCUAACGCUGUAAUCGGUCGAAUCUUCUGGGACUUCCUCCGAGAGAAGUACUGGGCCGAUGCCGUUUCCCACAAGAUCCAGAAGAAGCUCAGCAAAAUCAGACUGCCUUACUUUAUGAAUGAGCUGACUCUGACGGAGUUGGAUAUGGGCUGCUCUAUGCCGCAAAUCACCACUACCUCCAGACCAGAGGUUAACCACAGAGGCCUGUGGAUAGGUCUGCAGCUGGUCUACACCGGUGCCCUGCAGAUGACCCUACAGACCAAGUUCAACCUGUCUAAACUGGGCAAAGAAGGCAGCCAGGACAUGGACUGUAUGACUGACACUGCUAGCUCACGGCCUAUCCUCAGCGUGUUGGCAGACAGUGAUGAGGAGUCCUCCAGUGCUGGUUCAUCUGAUGAGGAAGAGCUGCUCCUCUCUGAGCCUCAGGGGCCGGUGGGGGAGAAGGGAUCCACACCAGCGACUGAAGGCACAGGGGGUGGGAAGACUGGAAGGAAGAUUUUGAGAUUUGUGGACAAAAUCGCUAAAUCCAAGUAUUUCCAGAAGGCGACGGAGAACGAGUUCAUUAAGAAGAAGUUUGAGGAGAUGUCAAACACGCCCUUACUGCUCACUGUAGAGGUUCAAGAGCUGUCAGGGACGCUGGUUGUCAACAUCCCACCCCCCCCAACAGACAGGAUAUGGUACAGUUUCUGUGUGCCACCCAAGCUGGAUCUACACGUGCGUCCCAAACUAGGAGAGAGGGAGGUGACUUUAUGUCAUGUGACCGAAUGGAUCGAAAAGAAACUGCAGGAUGAGUUCCAAAAAGUGUUUGUGCUGCCAAACAUGGAUGACAUCUACCUACCCCUGAUGCACUCUGGGGUGGACAGCCCUCAAGCAUCCCAGCAUCGGUCCCGAAGCUCCUCCGCAGAGUCCAUUGAGAGGAUCCCACCUGAGAUCUCUGAGGCAGAGUCUGACUAGUGCCUCGCUGUUUACUGUUAGUGGAAAGAUAACCUAAAAUGCAAAAUGGAUUAAUCACACUAUACAGCAUAUUCACAGUGUUUGUGUCUCCAGAGCAGCGCUGUCUAUAGGAAAUGUGUGUAACUAAAACUUAACCUGCAGCUGGGAUUCAUAAAAAAGGCAAAAACAAAAUGAGAAUCACCAAACAGAAUAUAAAGUUACAGUUGCCUACAUGGACUCCAGUAGCUCUUAGGCAGACUUACUAACCCUUGUGUUUAUGUCUGGACUAGGAGUUUCUGACAUGCUGUGUUGUAGGUGUUUGGGUAGCUGGUGGGUAUGUCUGAUGUUUGUUUUUACCAUCUAAAAGGAUGAACUUAAUUAUGUGGUAUAUUCGGAGUGACAUGCUGUCUGCUACCUUCUACAAGUGAUACCUUUUUGCAAACGUUUACAUGUGAAUGAUCCCUAUGAGAUUAUACUGUAUAUCUAUAUACAGUAUGUAUUUAUUUGCUGCUUUGAUGUUUACAGCUCAAUGUUACUUUGGAUAUCAGAUG